AUCGUAAUUAGUUUUAUUUCUUCUUCAUACUUAGAAUUCGAUUAAUUCUCGCCUGCAACUUUGCCUUGUAGCUUGGAGAUACGAUCGUAGCAUAAUUCUAAGCAUCAUAACCUUUUCUUUACCCUUUCUAACUGACUGGCCUGAUCUCGAGUCCUUACCGACCUGGGUGGCUCCAGUUGGAAUCCAAAUCCCUUGCGCGACCGACGGCGCUUCUAAUUGUCGGACUAACCAACGACCAUGAUCAACGCCACGAACCCCACGAGCUAGCAUGGCACGCCCUACCAUCGCCCCAGGAGACGAGGAUCCACAGUAGAUUCCUGCGAAUCGGCGCGCCUCCCUUCUAUUCAGUACCCAGGGAUCUGUGUCGCAGGAACCAGAGGACUUAGCCUACGAAGAAUUCCAAGCGCGAAUCGCAAAUGAACUAGAGACUGUUUGGGAAGCGGUUUGCAACACCUGGAGACACUUAAACCGAGAAAUCACUAGAACCCAACAGACUAAUGGGAUUAGAGUGGAGGAGAUGCAACAGUAGAUCACCCAACUCUAGGAACAACUUGAUGAGGUGACCAGGAACCGCGAUGACCUCGCUACUCAGGUGGAUGAGCUCAUUACCGCGGAGGAAGAUAAUGGCGUGAUUAAGGAGUUACAACGGGAAAACCAGCAGUUUGCUCUCCAGAUUGCUCGGCUCACUGCUGGAGCGGGACGAUCCUCUGUGGAGCCCACUGGCCCAGGUGGUAAAUCAGAGAAACAUCCCGAUCCUGAGAAGCUAAGUGAUGGAAAGAAUGUGACCUUCGAAGUCUGGUACAAUGCAAUGCAGAGGAAACUCAAGAUUAAUCACGACCGAUACCCCUCUCAGGAUGAGAAGAUUGCGUACGCAUUAACUCGCCUUGAGGGCAAAGCACAAGAGCACGCGCUAGCUCGCUCGAUUUCUGAUGCGAAGAACCCUUACCUUACGGUCAACGACAUGUAUAGUCACAUGAAAACGGUCUUUGCAGAUCCCAACAAGAAACGCGAAGCUCGCCGGAAACUCAAGGAUCUUGAUCUGAAGAGCCAUGUCCACCUUCGAGAGCAUAUUACAGACUUCAGCAUACUUGUGCAGGAUGGUCAAUAUGAUGAGGACGAAUACAAAGAACUCCUUAAUGACAGCCUUAGCAAACGACUCAGAUCCGCGGUUAUGGUGUACUUUAAUGACGACAAUGUUUCUUACAACCAGUUCGUUGACUACUGCUACAAGGUCGCUGAUAAUCUGAGCGCCCAAGACGCGAAGCAGAGCCGCCGGGAUGCGACCAACAAGGGAAACAAUAGUGGGAGAGCAUCUGGGAAUGAUAAUAAGAACAACCAAGGCUCAGCAGGCGCCUCGUCACGUACAGGCAGCAACACUGGAUCUAGUACAAGCGGCACCUCUUCUCCAAUUCCCCGCGUUAGUGAGAAGGAGCGUCUUCGCCGUCGUCAGGAUGGACUAUGCUACUAUUGUGGAGAGGCAGGACAUGUGAGCAUGAGUUGCCCUAACCGCAAGCCAAAACCAGCUCACGUCAAGAUCUGCGAACGCCCCAAGGAGAAUGAGAACGAAGGCAAAGAUAGCCAGGAGCAGGCGGAAAAUGGCAAUGCCUAGGGAAAGUCUCUACCUUAGGCGGAUAAAAGAUCGACCUGUGUACACUAGACCUACGGAAAUUAUUAGGAGAUUCAAGAAGUAGCUGUAUAAUACACACACUUGUCUCUUCUAAUGGUUUUACUAUAGGAGCG